UCGAGUCGGAGACAGCUUUUGGUUUCGCCGGCCUAAAAGCCGGUGAACAGAUUUGUCAAUGGAAAGUCACUCUCAAGCUGCCUGUUGAUACUUAGAAGAUCUCGAGUCUCUAGUCCUGAAAAUUGCCUCCGGCUUGGGAAGAGACAGUGGGAUGUCAAACUAGACACUCGGAUUUGACAUCGCGACCGGUUUGUUUAAGUUGUGAGGUGCCACGAUGGACGGACAAGAGGAGGAGGCGUUGAACGGUGCAGAUGAGAACCUGUUAAAACUACUGACGUUUAAAGUGUACAAGAGGCGAUGGAUCGUCUUGCUGGCGCUCUGUCUGCUGAACUGCUCAAACGCCCUGCUCUGGCUGAGUUUUGCCCCAAUUGCAGACCAGACGUCUCGGUUCUACAAUGUGACGCUGGACCAGGUUAACUUGCUGUCUCUUGUCUAUCUGAUUGUGGCAAUUCCAUUCGGCUUUGGAACUUCUUGGAUGCUUGAUACUGUAGGACUUAAAACUUGUCUGAUCUUAAGUUCCUGGCUGAACAUGAUUGGUAGCAUUUUACGGUACCUCAGCACUGUAAACACAAACAUCUAUCCAGUCCUCAUGGUUGGUCAGACCAUAAGUGCUCUUGCUCAACCUCUUGUGCUCUUCUCUCCCACUAAACUGGCAGCCCUUUGGUUUCCAGAGCACCAGAGAGCUACUGCCAAUAUGCUCGCUUCAAUGUCUAAUCCCCUCGGAGUUCUGCUUGCCAACAUUCUUUCUCCUAUAAUAGUGAAGGAGGUUUCUGAUAUUCCUACACUGCUUGUUAUUUAUGCCAUUCCGGCUUCAGUCGCAUGUGUUCUAGCAACAGGAGGAAUUCGUGAAACAGUUCCUCCAACACCCCCUUCAGCUACAGCCAUGAUGUCUACCUCAGAAAACUUUAUUGAUGGAGUUAAACUGCUCAUCAAGAACAAGCCAUACAUGAUCCUGCUUGUCUGCUUUGGGGCUGGUAUUGGCAUUUUUACUUGCUUCUCAACGCUCUUGGAACAGAUUCUGUGUGUCAAAGGAUACUCAAAUGGCUUUGCUGGGCUGUGUGGAGCGUUGUUCAUCGUGUUUGGAAUACUUGGAGCUUUCUUACUUGGAAUUUAUGUGGACAAGACGAAGUACUUCACAGAAGUCACCAAGAUCAGUUUCUGCCUGACUGCGAUAGCCAGCAUAGCAUUUGCUGUGCUUUCUCAGAUGAUGAAUCAAAAGCCUGCCCUAGCAGUUAUCUGUUCCCUUUUUGGAAUGUUUGGCUUUGCGAUUUAUCCCAUCAGUUUGGAACUUGCUGUUGAAUGUUCAUAUCCCGUUGGAGAGGCAACAUCAGCAGGACUCAUCUUUAUUUCAGGGCAGAUCCAGGGGGUGAUCUUCAUUGUCCUAUUUCAACUGAUGACUAAGCAUCUGGCUGAUUCUCCUUAUUCGACGUGUAAACUCCAAGAUGACGCCACCCUUAGCUGGAAAGUCCCCACCCUGGUGAUGGCCGCCAUCUGUACUGUGGGAGCCUGCUUCUUUGUUCUAUUUUUCCACACCGAGUACAAGAGACUUCAAAAGGAGACCCUGAUCAGCACUGGCCACGACAGCGAAGGGAGCGAAGAAACAAGCAACGAGGAACAGCGGGCAUUACAGGAAACAUAGCAUUAUAGGAGUAUAUUUCUGAUUUUAUUGGAAUCCUUGAACUGUUCAUUUGCACAAAAGAACAUAUUUUAUAAUACAAAUAUGAACAGUGAGUUCUUUUAACUGAUGCAUGAUGGAUCCCACAUGAUGGGGACUCCAUGAUCUGGGAAAGUUAUUAUUAAAGAGAAAAACUCUCUUCUACGGCAAAAUGCAUUAAAACAAUCUACCCAGUACCCUCUCUCAUAAAAUAACCCUACCUGUCAAAAGCCUACUGACACCGGCAACUUCUUGGUCCAGCGUCAUAUUAACAGUCUGACAUUAAACAAAAAACAUAAAAUACCUGAAACACCAAAGUAACUUUUCUAUUUGUCAAACCUGUAAGAGGAAAACAAGCAAAAGUGAAUCUCUGGCAUGAGAGCUUGGCCAGCGGGAAAGUGGACUUGCUCAUUGGAGGACUUGGCUUGUAUUGGGCACAGAACUGCUGGACGAAUUAGACAGGACAGGGCCAUCUUCUAUGGCUUCCCAAAACUGGAGUGUAUUAAGGCAUUGCAUGUCAAUGUCAGGGUCAGCAGAGAGUGUCUGAGCGUCAGAUGAAAUUGACGUUUGCUCUUCAGCAAGGCGACUUGUUCAUUAUUUUCAUCUCAGUUUUUGUAAGCUACACUGUAGGCCAGGGGUGCCCAACUCCAGUCCUGGAUGGCCUCAGUGGCUGCUGGUUUUCAUUCUAACCUUU